AUGUUGUUCUCUACAGCAUCCUUUCAGGCAUCGUAUAUCCUUGGACUUAUCGCAACGGCAUCACACCUUGCUGGUGCGCAGACGAUAGACGUAAGGCUACGGACAGGGACCUUUCGCGGUAUCAGGACAGCAAAUGAAACAGAAAAAUGGCUAGGAAUUCCCUUCGCCCAACCACCUCUAGGAAAUUUGCGCUUCAAAGCUCCACGGCCAAUCACUGCCACGUCUACUGCCGUUCGAGACGCGUCUCAAUUCGGAAACGCAUGCCCCCAAGUUCCUUCUCAGAGCCUGGGAGCACCAGUCGGCGAGGACUGCCUUGUUCUGAACAUAUGGCGCCCCGAAGGCACUACCAGUGCCAGCAAACUCCCAAUAUUGGUCUGGUUCUAUGGUGGAGCUUACACAAACGGCGCAGCUUCCAAUGCCGCAUAUGAUCCAACCCGAAUCAUCCAGCGCAGCGUCGCAAUGGGAAAGCCCAUUAUGUUCGCAUCAGUCAAUUACCGCCUCAAUACGUUCGGCUUCCUAGCUAGCUCGAGCGUAGCCCCAGAAGACCUGAAUGCAGGGCUUCUUGAUCAGCGACUUGCUCUAACGUUCCUGCAAGAUAAUAUUGCUGCUUUCGGUGGUGAUCCAAGCAAGGUCACUAUUUGGGGUCAGUCCGCUGGGGCUGGUAGUGUCGAAGCGCAUGUACUCUUUCCUCCCCGUAGGAAAUUGUUCCGAGCGGCCAUGGCUGACUCCUCGACCGGACCAUUCAAGAACGACCCACCACCAAGUACAUAUGACAAACCUGGGAAGCCCUUCACCCGCCUACUAGCUGCCACUGGCUGCAGUUUUCGGGGCGCAGUAGCUUGUUUACAGCAAGUCCCCUUCGAGAACCUGUUGAAUAUCAGCAAUUCCAUGAUCAGGUCGACACUUAAUAGUCAAUUGUGGCAACCAACGAUUCAUCCCGCGAGUUUCAUUAACGAGAGGCCAUCUCAACGUGUGUUGAGAGGCAACUUCGCCCACAUUCCUUACUUAGCUGGAACCAACAUAAAUGAAGGAACCACAUUCAGCCAAAGUGUACGCAACUUACGUGUCCCCGCAGAGGAAGAGGACGCUGCCUUCGAUAACGUCAUUGACCUUCUGGCGAUCGACAACAGCACAUACACAUCGGAAGUCUUUGACGGCAUCCACAGCCACUUCCCGGCCGAUGAUUCCUCCCUCGGGGCGCCAUUCAAUACCGGAGACUCUCUUUUUGACAGAGCCGAGUCUUGGUACACAGUCCAGAACUACCUGGGACCAAGGCGGCUUUUCUUCGAGAACGCAGCAUCUCGUCAACCGAUGUUUGCUUACUACUUCAAGGAGUUCAUCCCCGGCAACAAUCCCGACUUGGGGGUGUUUCACGCCUCAGAGCUUCCGUUACUAUUCGGUCCCAUCCCGAAUGCUGUGGAAACUGAUUUUGCUAAUCAAAUGCUGGGCUUCUACAUCAGUUUCGUCCACGAUUUGAAUCCUGGAGUCCAAUGGCCUCAAUAUACUAAAGCUGGAAAACAAGUUCUGCAACUCAUGCGCGGAAACAUUACUGCAAUUCCUGAUGACUUUGACGUUGACAAGACGGAUUUCGUGAAUUCGGCGAGGGUUUUGGCCGAAUUUCAGAAGUAA